AUGAAUUUUAAUCAUAAAUUUACUAUAAAAGAUUAAAGUUUAUUUGAAAAAAUUAAUUAACUUUAAACUAGAUUCUUAGACUAUUUAUAAAAAUUAUCAGACUUAAAGCUAAUUUAAUAAGAUUUCUAAAAACAAAGAAAUUUAGAAUUGGACAUCGUUUUCAAGUGUGAGAAAACCAUUGUUGCUUUUGUCAUUCUAAUUUCUUUAUAAAAAUAGAAUCCAAAUCAGUUUUUUAUUUAGAUGAAUUUGAUGCUGCUCUUGAUGAAAACUUUAGAAAUCAAGCAGCUUAAAUAAUUUAAAAUUUAUAAAAAGGAUCUUAAUUCAUAAUUAUUACAUUUAGAUCUAAACUAGUAAAUUGGAAUAAUGAUAUGGUGA